AGUGAGUUGUUACGGUGCGGGGUGGGGCAGCUGCUCAACGAAAGUCUUCUCCGAUUGAAACGGAGGAAGCAAAGAGAGUGACAUAACAACGCCGCUGCGGAUAUUUCUUCGUCUCUAAAUUUAUUUCCAUUUCAAAAUUCCCAAGAAGAUCUGUUUUUCUUUGUCAUUUUUGCUUUAAUGGGGUUUCUCUGUCAAAUAAUAGAAACCCAUUUUCUCUUCCCACAAAGUAGGAAUAAAAAUAGCGACAAUGGUGGGAGGAGGAUAAGGAGGGUGGAACGUGCGUGCCUUCCAAUCUUCAUUAUUCUUCUUUUAAUCAUCAAUCAUCAAUUAAUAACCAACGAAUUCAGCUUUUCUCCACCGCCCCUCUUUCGUUUAUGAAACUUGAAUAUCUUACCUAUUGACCCACUCUCUUUGUUGUCUUCUUCCAACGUUUUGCAGGAGAUUUUGCCUUCUUUGUGUAAGCAUUUUAUUCAACCUACAACCCAUUUCAAGAAUGGGGAAUCAUUGUUCCAACCCAUCUCUCCAUAGAUAGGAAUGGACAGUGAUUUGAACAAAACAACUUACUGUGGGAACAACUUUGUUGCGCUGUAAUUGUCGUGUCUGGUGAUGGAAAUUUGGCUGCCGUUGUACCCCAACGUUAGUCAUGGAUGGACUUAGGAGUAACGACAACAAACAAAACAUUGAUAGGCAUUCCCGAGCCGAGAUGGGAUCGUUCGGCGAGAGAACCAUACUUGAAUUUGAAGAUGAGAGCCUUGUUAGUCCUGUAUCAUUAAAUCGAAAGAAUUUUUCUAUUGAGCAUAGUUCGUCAUUGGGUGGUGGUUCACAGAAACUUUGUUAUGGCAACAUGAAGAACAGGGUAUUUCACAGCCUUAAGGUUGUCGUCUUCUCUGCUAAGAUCAACUUUCUCAUGCCUUUUGGGCCAUUAGCCAUAUUAGUCAGCAGUUUGACUGGUCACCAUGGUUGGGUCUUCCUUUUAAGCUUGUUGGGGAUCAUACCUCUUGCUGAACGUUUGGGCUAUGCAACUGAGCAACUGGCAUGCUAUACUGGAGCCACAGUUGGAGGUCUUCUGAAUGCUACUUUUGGAAAUGCCACAGAAUUGAUAAUAUCAAUAUACGCAUUACGAAGAGGAAUGAUACGCGUCGUUCAACAGUCAUUAUUAGGUUCAAUUUUGUCUAACAUGUUAUUAGUACUUGGAUGUGCCUUCUUUGCUGGUGGAAUUGUGGUUUCUAAGAGGGAGCAGGUCUUCAGUAAGGCAUCUGCUACUGUAAACUCUGGAUUGCUGUUAAUGGCGGUAAUGGGACUUCUAUUUCCUGCUGUUCUUCGUUCCACACAUACAGAGUUGCACUCUGGGAAGUCAGAGUUGGCUCUUUCAAGAUUUAGUAGCGGCAUUAUGUUGGUGGCAUAUGCUGCCUAUCUUGUUUUUCAGUUGAAAAGCGAUAAGAACUUAUAUCUCCCCGUUACUGAGGAGGAUACUGAAGAGAGUUUGGAUGAUGAAGACGCCCCCGAGAUUUCUAUGUGGGAAUCCAUUAUUUGGCUGUUUAUCUUGACCAUUUGGAUCUCCGUCCUCUCAGAAUACUUGGUUAAUGCAAUAGAGGGGGCGUCGGUUGCCAUGAACAUACCGGUGGCGUUCAUUAGCGUUAUCCUACUACCCAUCGUUGGGAAUGCGGCAGAGCAUGCAGGUGCCAUCAUGUUUGCCAUGAAAGACAAGCUUGACAUUUCUUUGGGAGUCGCAAUAGGAUCAUCCACACAGAUAUCGAUGUUCGGGAUUCCUUUCUGUGUGGUCAUUGGUUGGAUCAUGGGAUGCCCUAUGGACUUGAAUUUUCAACUUUUCGAGACCGCCACGCUUUUCAUCACGGUCAUUGUUGUGGCCUUCAUGUUGCAGGAUGGAACUUCCAAUUACCUCAAAGGACUGAUGCUUAUUCUCUGCUACCUGAUAGUAGCUGCGAGUUUCUUUGUACAUGUUGAUCCAGCGUCAGUUGAAGACAAGACCCGAAAACAUCGUCUAUGAAAGGGGCAAGCGAUGACUCGAAGUAGUACUGAUUCUGCCUGUAGAGGGGCCUCGUACCCUCCUAAAGACGGGAUCGACCAAAGCUUGAGAGGUUCACUCCAUUUCUGUAUAGUUCUGGGCUCAUGCUACCUUGUUUAGACAACCAUUGGCAAUAGGUUGGUGCUGAUUUUGUUUAUCAUUGCAAGCUGUGGAAAAUACUCUGGAUCUUACCAACUAGGAGUGCUAGAAAUGAAGUGUAAGAAAAAGGAAAAUCAUUAUCAUAUUUGUUUAUUUUUUCUUACGCCAAUGUGUUCGUUAUCACCUUUUGCUUUCUUUUAUGAUCCAUGGGUUCGGUUCGGCCACUUGAAACUAGUGGAACACAUGCUAAGACGAGAGCUAGAAUGUGACUAAGAUAUUCGUUAUUGACUU